CCUCACCAGGCGCUCUGGCCGCUCACCGCUGCUCCAUGGCUGCUUCCGGGACGAAGGGCCGCUCCUUCCGGUCACGCUCCUGCGGGCGUCCUGAGCUCCGCUCCGCGCCGGACAUGGCCAAGUACCUGGUGCAGAUCGUGCUGGUGGGCGCUCAGGUGGUGGGACGCGCCUUCGCCCGAGCGCUGCGGCAGGAGUUUGCAGCCAGCCAAGCGGCCGCCGAUACGCGCGGGCGGACGGGCGGCCAGUCUUGGGCGGCCUCCAGCCUCUCCGGGAUCAGCCUGCAGGAAGCCCAGCAGAUCCUCAACGUCUCCACGCUCAGCCCGGAGGAGAUCCAGAAGAAUUACGAGCAUUUAUUUAAGGUGAACGACAAAUCCGUGGGGGGCUCCUUCUACCUGCAGUCCAAGGUGGUGAGAGCCAAGGAGCGGCUGGAGGAAGAGCUGAGGAUCCAGUCCCCAAGGGAAGAAGACUCGCCACACAAGCCAGGCACGUAGCACAGCGCCCCCCCCUCUCUGGCGCCCCCUCUAAAUUAUAGCUAGCCAAUAAACAGCCCUUGUACAGCU